CGCCCGCCCCUGGCCCGGUCCUCGCCAGCGUACUGCACGAGCAGCUCGGACAUCACAGAGCCGGAGCAGAAGAUGCUGAGCGUCAACAAGAGCGUGUCCAUGCUGGACCUGCAGGGGGAUGGGCCCGGGGGCCGCCUCAACAGCAGCAGCGUGUCCAACCUGGCGGCUGUCGGGGACCUGCUGCACUCCAGCCAGGCCUCCCUGACCGCCGCCCUGGGGCUGCGGCCCG